AGGGACUGGGCACCUUCCGAGCUGGGAGACCGCGCCCUCCCACCCCAGCUGAUUUCCCUGCCGGCCUCGGCCUUAGCAGGUGUCGGUCCUGCCGUGGACGCAUUCUGACCUGAGCCGUAUCUCUCCCUGGAGACUUUGUGCCUAUGGUUGGGGACAGAGUGAGGUCGUUGCCUUGACGACGGCAGCAUGCAGGCAGUGGUCCUCCUGAGCGUGAGCUUGGGGCGGGCCGAGGCCAAUCUGCCUCUCUCUGCUUCACCUGGCGCCCGUGACUGUGUCCUCACAAGGAAUAGUAACCGCACUGAAACUGCUAGUUUGCUAGUCAGCAUUUUUUAGACCCGCGGGAGAGAUGAAUUUCACCUCAAAUUUGUUUCCGAGUUGAAAACCUUUGGGUCUUUCCACGUGAAAGGAUAUUAAAGAAGCACAAGAAAAAAAAUCCUUCUGGUUUUGAAUUAAAAUGGAAAAAUAUGAGAACCUAGGAUUGGUUGGAGAAGGGAGCUAUGGAAUGGUGAUGAAGUGUAGGAAUAAAGAUACUGGAAGAAUUGUAGCCAUUAAGAAGUUCUUAGAAAGUGAUGAUGACAAAAUGGUUAAAAAAAUUGCUAUGCGAGAAAUCAAGUUACUAAAGCAACUGAGGCAUGAAAAUCUGGUGAAUCUGUUGGAGGUGUGUAAGAAAAAAAAACGAUGGUACCUAGUCUUUGAGUUUGUUGACCAUACCAUUCUUGAUGACUUGGAACUCUUUCCAAAUGGACUAGACUACCAGCUGGUUCAAAAGUAUUUGUUUCAGAUUAUUAAUGGAAUUGGAUUUUGUCAUAGUCACAAUAUCAUACACAGAGAUAUCAAGCCAGAGAAUAUAUUAGUCUCCCAGUCUGGCGUUGUCAAGUUAUGUGAUUUUGGAUUUGCGCGGACAUUGGCAGCUCCUGGGGAGGUUUAUACUGAUUAUGUGGCAACCCGAUGGUACAGAGCUCCAGAACUAUUGGUUGGUGAUGUGAAGUAUGGCAAAGCUGUUGACAUAUGGGCCAUUGGUUGUCUGGUAACCGAAAUGCUCAUGGGGGAGCCCCUCUUUCCUGGAGAUUCUGAUAUUGAUCAGCUAUAUCAUAUUAUGACGUGUUUAGGUAACCUCAUUCCAAGGCACCAGGAGCUGUUUUAUAAAAACCCUGCAUUUGCGGGAGUAAGGUUGCCUGAAAUCAAGGAAAUGGAACCUCUUGAAAGACGCUAUCCCAAGCUCCCUGAAGUUGUGAUCGAUUUAGCAAAGAAAUGCUUACAUAUUGAUCCAGACAAAAGGCCCUUCUGUGCUGAGCUCCUGCACCACGAUUUCUUUCGUAUGGAUGGAUUUGCUGAACGGUUCUCUCAGGAACUACAGUUAAAAAUACAGAAAGAUGCCAGAAAUAUUUCUUUAUCUAAAAAAUCCCAAAACAGAAAGAAGGAGAAGGAAAAAGAUGAUGUUUUAGGUGAGGAGAGAAGCACACUUGUGGUACAGGAUUCUAAUGCUGAUCCCAAAAUUAAGGAUUCUAGAGUAUUAAAGAUAAAAGGGUCAAAAAUUGAUGGAGAAAAAGUUGAAAAAACCAGUCGAGCUUCAAAUGUCAGCUGUCUCCAUGACAACGGGUCUAGCCACAUCAAAGCAGUGCCUUCAACAAGCCUCAGAGAUUGCAGCAAUGGCAGUGUGGACCACACAAGGAAUCCAGGCAUGGCUAUUCCUCCACUUACACACAAUCUUUCUGCACUAGCCCCUGGUAUUAAUUCUGGAAUGGGGACUAUCCCAGGAGUUCAGAGUUACAGAGUGGAUGAGAAGACCAAGAAGUAUUGUAUUCCAUUUGUUAAACCAAACCAACAGACUCCACCAGGCAUUUAUAAUAUUAAUAUGACCAAACCAAUCACUAGUGAAAAGAGCCUCCUUCAGGCAAAUAAGAAAAGAAGAGAAUUCGCAAAGACAGAUGUGCAUUUGCCUGAAUUAAACUAUAAUCAUCUCCCUGAACUGAGAGCCUUGGAAGGCGUAGCUCGAAAUUCCAGGCUAAUGAGGAAAGAGAACAAAAACCUUUCAGAAUCUCAAAUUCCUUCUCUGGCCGCUAUUGACUUGCAUGCCUCCAGUGUUACACUGCAUCAGUUCCCAUGGGCCAGGAGCCCGGGCCAACCUGCUUCUCUCCUUCAGAGUCUCACAGGCCGAAAUCAAGGUGUCAUCAGGGCCGCAUUUCUCUCUGGAGGCUCUAGGGGAGAAUCCGUUUCCAGGCUCGUUCAGGCACCAGGAUCUCCCCUGCCAGAGGACUCGGAGGCUGACUUACCUUGGAUGGAACACCAGCACUGAAUGUCAGUUUGGUUCUGAACGGGAUGCUGCUCUAGCGCUUGAGAUGACAUCCUCCUGGAACAAAAGUGCUGAUAUCCCAGGAGGAGAUAGACGUGGUUUUGAUCAUUUACUUCUGAACUGCCUGCAUUUUCUGAGAAAUGUUUUGCAGAAGGAAAGACAAUGACUUCCAGGAGUUUCAAAGGAAGAUUGGGCAAGUGUCCUCCCCAACUGUCAGCCAUCAUCUUUGAAGUCCACUGAUGCUACUUCAAGAUAAUCCAAUGAAA